GAGACUCAAUCGGAUCUGAUCUAUUUUCUUCGCGAUCACAGUCUCCAUCGCGUGGGAUCUAUUUUUGGGAUCUUCCCCGUCCGUCAUCAUGACUUCUCAAGAGACGCUCCGCGAAUCGGGGCCGUCUCCCGCCAAUGGACAAAAUCGCAGCGCCAGUCCGGCUCACAACUCACAACAUCCUUAUAAUGAUCACUCAUCGGGCUUGACCUUAGAUGUCUCGGUCGUAACGACCGCUCAAUUUCCUGCCUUCUCCAACGUCUCCCAACCCGAUUCUUACGGCUACAACCCCGCCGCUUAUCUCUCCGCGCAAACACUGGCGCCGGCCUCGCAGAGCUUCUCCCAAACCCUUCAGCUGCCUCAAUCUUUCAAUUCCAACCUAGUCCAUCAAUUGGACCAGUCGGCCGGGUUGUCCAUGCACCAGCAGCAACUACCUUCAGAGGAGAAUUUUUCCACACUGCUGAAUUCGAACCAAGCCGAUCUCGACUUUGCCCUCUAUCAGAACCCCAGCCCCAACAGCACGGCCGCUCCCGAAUACGACUCGCCGCUGAUGCUUGAUCCUCACGGACAAUCCCGGCCUGCUAAUCAGGGAGUCAAUCCCGUCGAUUUGAUCAGUCAGAUACCCUCUUCCCACCGUGCGGCCUCACCACAACUGUCUCCGAUCUCGCCGCAAGACUAUCAUCAACAUUCCUCCCCCGGCCCCAUGUCGCCUCCGACGUCCACUCCAGGAACUUACUAUACCCCGCAACAUUCUCGUCAUGCCUCCUUGGAUCCCGCUACCGCCGCCUACAUGUCCGGCAAUUCACACCACGACUGGCAGGCAGUCAUGGGCAAUUCCGCAUUCCAGGGCCACCGCAGGGCACCGUCAGAAGUGUCUGAGGUCUCAUCCGCCGCUCAUUCCCCGUAUAUGUCGCAGCACGAAUCGUUCGAUGGGUUCGACAACAAUCCUUCCCCUCUUCUUGCCCCACAGAAUGAUCCCGGGUUGUAUGAGAAUGCGCUGGGAAUCGAAUCUUUCACACUGUCCGAGCAUCAGCAAUCGCACUCACAACCAGCUCUCAGUCCCGCACACAGCCCGUAUAUCUCGCCGCAAUUGAUGCCGCAACAAGGCGCGGACAUGAUUCCCAACGUUCCAUAUAUAUCAGCACCCGAUCUGAAUACGCAAUACCCUACUCCACCAACCGACAUCUACGCAGAGAGUCUGGCGGCCCAAGGAAAUACCAGCCCUGGAGACAUGGGACAAGCGUCUCAGAUGGCGCCUCCUUCCAUUAACGUUGAAUUCGCACCCCCGUCCCAAAACUCGAAUGCGCCCCAGUCGAAGCCCGCUGCGAAUCUGGAUUCUCUGAGUCCACCAGUCGCCAUUCGUUCUCGUAUGCGCAGUAAGUCGGAUCCAUAUGCUCAUCCAGCCUCUCGCGCGCGUUCUUCUUCGACUUCAACAAACCUGGAGCCGUUUAAUGUGUUGUCACCGCGCUCACUAUCGCCAUUCGACUCUGUUGGGCGCCAACCGCAAAGCAAUCCCAGCUCACGCGAACCUUCACCGUCAAGGUCAGGCCGUCGCCUAUCCACUUCAUCAAUCGAUAGUCGGAAUUACAUCUUAGGCCUUGCCGAUCCUCAGCGGCCUGGCGCGAACCUGAACGAUUCAAAACGAGUUCAAAAACACCCCGCAACAUUCCAAUGCCAUUUAUGUCCCAAACGAUUCACGCGAGCCUACAAUCUUCGGUCGCACUUGCGCACCCACACGGACGAAAGACCAUUUGUCUGCACAGUAUGUGGGAAAGCAUUUGCGCGACAGCAUGAUCGCAAGCGACACGAAGGACUGCACUCUGGGGAAAAGAAAUUCGUCUGUCGAGGCGAGCUGUCUCGGGGUGGCCAGUGGGGUUGUGGCCGCCGGUUCGCACGCGCCGAUGCGCUUGGCCGUCAUUUCCGAUCGGAGGCUGGCCGAAUUUGCAUUAAACCUCUGCUGGACGAGGAGUCCCAGGACCGAGAGCGCUCGGCUAUGGAUCAGCAGCAGCAGCAUCUUCAGCCGAUGCCCCCUCCAUUGAUGGUUUCAGGCAUGGACGGUCAAGCCACCGGCGGAUUCGUCCUUCCCGCAGCUCUGCUGGCCCAGUACCCUGCCCUCCAGACUUUGCAAUGGGAUCAAAUACCUGCCACGGCAGAUGAUACUGGCGAUAUCGGGGGCCGUAGUAGUUUCGAUGCAAGCUCUGGCGGCGAGUUUGGGUUUGAAGACGAUGAGUCCGGUCUGAGCACUGUGUCUGGCAUGAGCGGAGGCUAUGCGGGUGGGCCGGGCAUCUAUGACAUGAAUAGUCAGGGACAGAUGUUGGGGAUCAACCCAGGCGAUACAAGUUACCAAGACACCGACUGGAGAACAUGAGUCUCCUUGCCUCUGAAAGCAUCCUCUUUUUACAGGUUCGAUUUUCUUUAUCUAUCUCCCCCCCCCUUACCUCCUGUUCCCUUACUUUAGUGUUCGGAUGCAUCUUAUCCAUUACAUACCCCACCGAAAGAUUU